GAGUUACGCUCACGCAUAGAACCCCGCGUACGCGAAAGCGGCGCGCACACAUACGACCGUAGGUACGUAUAAUCGUCCGAUUCGCGGACGGAUGGAUCCUCGCAAUGACAAGGGAAGGGAUAGUCGCGGCCCCCCAGCAUCGUUUCCCUAUAUAAACAGGGAACCACCCGUCGGUCCACGAGUACCAAUAGCGUGUAAUUGAUAUACGGGAACAACGUCAACGUUAACGACAGCUCCGACCGCAUCGUAUUGACGACGACAACGAUACCGACAUCGUCAACCUUGACGACAAAAAAAAAAAUAUCAAUUGCACCAACGACAGCAACAUUGGCAGCGACAACGCCAGCGAGAAGAGAAGAGCAAGUAGAAAGAGAAGAAGAAAAAAAGUAGAGGAAGGAGCAAACGAGGAAUAGCAAGAACGAUAACAACAACAGGACCAGAGAGAGACGAUAUUUCGUACGAGGACGCGAAACCGACAAUAGUGACGGCAAAUCUCGCCAAUGCGACGCGCCGACAGUUAAAUGGUCGAAAGGACACGAUCCGAUACGGUGUAAUAAUAAAAUUAAAUCGACGUUGAUCGGCAGGCGCGGAUCGCGAGCGUGUUGGAACAGUUUGUCCGGCAUCCUACGAUUCGAAAGGAAAAUCGAGCGGUUAACGUCUAGGCGAGAACGAUCGUAGGGAUCGUGACGCUUUGGCAGGACAUUUCCGUGAAAUUUUUCGUCCGACCUUGUCUCCGUAUCAUUCUCGAUCAUGAAGAUUCUUAUGCGAGCUGAUACCCAUGUGAACAUCGAAUUACCGGGCAACGCGCCAGUCGCUAAAUGCACCUUCACUCAGGUGUUGGCUGCCUUGUCGGUGUCCAUGUGUUCCAUGGUGGUAGGUUACUCGAGCUCUUACACCUCCCCGGGUUUGGUUUCGAUGCGGGACAACGCGACGGCUACGUUCGAAGUAACGAAAGAAACGGGCAUGUGGAUAGGAUCAAUCAUGCCGUUGAGCGCGCUUUUCGGAGGCAUGAUCGGUGGACCAAGCAUCGAAUACCUUGGUAGAAGAAACACUAUUCUGGCCACCGCGUUACCCUUCAUCGCAGCCUGGCUACUAAUCUCCCUGGCAGCGAACGUUGCCAUGGUGCUCGCCGGUCGUGCUCUAUGUGGGUUCUGCGUUGGUAUCGCGUCGCUUUCGCUACCGGUGUAUCUUGGUGAAACGAUACAAGCCGAGGUGCGUGGUACCCUCGGUCUCUUACCAACUGCUUUUGGUAAUACAGGAAUUUUAGUCUGCUUCAUAGCCGGCAUGUAUCUAGAUUGGAGAAACCUCGCGUUACUCGGCGCUGCUUUACCGAUACCGUUCAUGAUUCUGAUGUUCGUGAUUCCCGAGACUCCUAGAUGGUAUAUCUCCAAGGGAAAGACAAAAAGGGCGCGAAAAUCGCUGCAAUGGCUGCGAGGCAAAGGCACCGACAUUACCGACGAACUGUCCUCCGUUCAAAAGUUACACACCGAGAGCGAACGUAACGUUUCGCAGGGUGCAUUCAUGCAACUGUUCAAGAAAAAUCAUUUGAAGCCACUUUUCAUCUCGCUUGGCCUAAUGUUUUUCCAACAAUUUUCGGGAAUCAACGCUGUUAUAUUUUAUACCGUUCAAAUUUUUAGGGACGCUGGAAGUAGCAUCGACGAGAACAUCUCUACCAUCGUUGUAGGUAUCGUAAACUUCAUUUCAACGUUCGUUGCGGCAUCCGUUAUAGACAGACUAGGCAGAAAAAUGUUGCUGUACAUAAGCGCUAUAUCGAUGUGUCUAACUCUAUUCACAUUCGGUACGUUCUUCUACGUGAAGGCGACAGGAGUGGACGUGACGGCGUUCGGUUGGAUACCGUUAAUGAGUCUGAUCGUUUACGUAAUCGGCUUCUCUCUGGGAUUUGGCCCGAUUCCAUGGCUGAUGAUGGGCGAGAUUUUGCCGGUUAAGAUACGCGGCUCGGCAGCUAGCGUAGCAACGGCCUUCAACUGGAGUUGCACGUUCAUCGUAACGAAGACGUACGAAGACAUUGUUUCGGUGAUCGGACCGUACGGCACUUUCUGGAUGUUCGGUACGAUCGUUCUAGUUGGUUUCGUCUUCGUAAUCGUCAGCGUGCCAGAAACGCGAGGUAGAUCUCUCGAGGAAAUCGAGAAAAGAUUCACCGGACCGGUGAGAAGAAUGAGUGCGGUCGCUAACAUGAAGCCUAUGCCUAUGGCUUGUUAAUUGUUCCUCUCUCGUUCGCUCUCAACGUCGGUAGUUAGCCAAUCAGUCCCCGUUCGACUAACGUGACGAUGAUCGCGACGUCGGCACUAACUCGCGCGUGUUUCGCUUCGUUAUGAAACGAACGAAUCCUAUAGGUAUAGUUCCUUCGGUCUGUCGGUAAGAACGAGCGAAGGGCACGUGUCUAGAGAGAACCGUCUUCCGGAUCGAUUCUCUCCUUUUUCAACGAUCGAUUUUCAACUUUUUUUUAGAUUCGUACGCGGCUGCUCUCUGCUUCGUUCACUUUCGUUUAUCCGAUCGUCUCUUUAUUCCGGCCACUUUUCAAACGACCUUACACGUAAAACCGUUCGCUCCGACAACACCAAUUUUUUAUUUCUUUCUAAACCUAACCUCAAAUACUCUUUGUUGUCGGGAAACUAUUUCCUUUGCGUCUAGCUUGCUGGAAAGGUGCGAGCAGAUGGCAGCCGAAGAAAGCAACAGGAUAAACGCGCGAAAAGAGGAAAAGACACAAAGAGGAAAGACGAAGGAAGUUUUAGAGAGCGGAAGUUUCGAUAGAUCAGCUUGUUGUUUGUAUGUACUUACGAAAAACGCUUGCUUGACGCAAGACCGGCUGAUAGUUUAACGACAUAAUCGCGAACGCAAGCUCAACUCGAGAGAACGAUCCGUUGACUAGACGUCAUACGUAACCGUUAUUUUUCUUAUUUCAAAUACUUUACAGGGUCUACCUCAAAUUAGUACUUUUACUAAAGGUAUACGAGUAGGUUAACGACAAGGAUGAAUUAUUUAAUUAGUACACGUGUGUAUAGAUUCGAGUACACCGAUAUGUUGUACUUAAGAAAAUGCGUAUAAACAACGUCGAAAAGGGAAAAACGAACGUUUCUUCCUUCUGUAUCACCGCGACAAUAAAAUGUUUACGCGACGGUCGUAGAGGUAAUUCUUGUGCAUUUCUAUCGAUAUCGACCGUCGCGUUUGUACAUAUGUAUGUAGUUACCGAUUUGCGUCAAUGAACAAUUGCGUCAUCUAUCAACGAACUAAAUCGUAUCAUUCAGAUAUAAGUUAAGAAAUAGAGGUAAAAUAAUACGCGUUUAUUUUUUCAUCGUUGAAAUUGAUGUAACUCACGAAAGAAACGUAUCGCGCACAAUGGCGCACGACAUAUCGCAUUUCUUGCGUACACAUGUAUAUACUGAAUGCAUGUAUAUACUUUGAGAAUCGGUUCCUCGUUAUACAACGAUAUAUAUUUGUAACGCGAUUUUUACACAGUAUGCGCUUUUAAUUCUUCAUUUUUAUUCCUAGUUUCCGAUAAUAUGUACCGAGAUCUGUUUCAAUUCAAUCGAAUCUCGUUUGUACUUAAGCGUCGCGCGUCCUGUCCUAUCCCGUGUCCCGGUCCAACUCGUUUCACCUCACACUAUACUCCUUUCCUCCUUCACGCCUUAUUUUUCUUCCAUUCUUUUUUUCUCAAUGCGUGGAUGUGUAUGCACAUCGUUCUCGAUGUCGUGCGGUUAAACUGCCUUUAUUCUCGCAUCGUCAUUCCGAAUCUCACCACAGGGACAAGACGAGAAAACGUUACGAAACAUUCCUAUCUCGUAUACUUUCACGUACGAUCUAGAUCUAUCGCGUCACGAGAAAUACGUGUUCCCUCGGGAAAGGCUUUGUUUCGUACGCCCUAGCCCAUUCUUUUUCCUUCUACUUUUACCUUUUUAUUCUCGUUUCUAUUUACCCAAUUAACAUUUCUAUCGCGUGCCGCUUAGGCGUAGGGUGCUUGCCAAAUUUUGAAAAAAAAAUAUCGCUCGAAGAUUUAUAACUUUACUACUAUUAUUUCCAUUCGCGUUAAAUUGACAUGUACAUUUCUAAGUUAUUAAAAUAUAACGUUUGACAAAAUA